CAUGAUCUUGCUAGAAUGUGGAUUGAAAUGAAUUAUGAAGAGAUCAUUCAAGAUACCAAUGAUCUUGUUCUCCAAGGUCAAUUUCUGAUUUGUUAUCCACCCGAAUCGACAACUGUGAUCGAUAACAAGAUACUAUACGAGAAGCUUAAUGAUUUAUGCAAGUUAGGAUAUAGGAUUACCAUGAAAGUAUUCUGUGAUAUUUUGCAUCUUUUUGAGAAGCGAAUUACUCUUUUUGGAAAUAAAAUAGUGCAAGUUUCAGCCAAGAUAAGAAAUUGUAAAGAGGAUGAUUUAUUGAUAGAAUUUCUUGAGAUGAGCAUGAUUUCUCUACAAAAUUUUGCACUGGUCCGAGAUUUCUUUUUUAGCGCAAGAACAGACCUCAAAAAACCAUUCAUGUGUAUGAUUUUAAAUCACGUGAGAUAUUCUAAUCAAAUGAUCGAUGAUGUGAUGAAGAGCGAUUGUGAGAUGCAAGAUCCAAUCUUUAAUUUUCGCAAGAUCAUGCCAUUUGAAAAAAGCUUCUUGGUUUGGGUUUUGAAAGAAUAUGAUAUCGAUUCGGAUGUGAUCCGUGAAUGUUUUGAUUACAUUUUCAGAUUACGUGUGAUCGUUAGCAUAUUCGAUCGUCCCGAGAAUAGUUCAUUUGGAUUUACUAGCAAGAAUAUCGAGCAUAUCAAGAAAUUAUUUUACGCUUAUGUAUCUGGUGGUGCCUCAUUUGAAAAACAUCAUCUGGAUCUCUUACAGAUCUGUGACGAAGACGAAUUACACAAACCUUUUUUCAAUUUCUUUUUGUCUUUUAUUUUUAAUAACCAUGUUGUUCAGUCUAUUGCGUAUGAUAAUUUGUACUUUGGAAUCGAUCUUGACAAGACAAGAAAAUAUGCUAAAGAUUUGUCAGAUAAAUGGUAUGAUAUUCUUUCAUGUUGCGAACCCAAAAAAUAUGUUUGGGGCAAUUAUGAAUUUCUUUUUAAGGCAAACUUUUUCUCUAAGCUUAAUGAAUUUAUGACUUCGAUUUAA